AUGACCAGCUUGCCCUCUGCUUCCUCUUCCGAAAAUUCUCUCACCUUUGAGAAGGAGGUUAUCGAUUUGAAACAAAGUCUGUAUAGCAAUUCGGAAUAUGGUACUAAAGAGUACAUGAACAAAUAUUUGGACAAACAAUUUUCUAAAGAUUAUGGAACCAGUGCAAAGAAUACUAAACUAGUGAUUAGAGUGCUGCAGCUGGUGAUGGCAGAACUUUCCAAUGGUUCAAACGAUAAUAUGAAUGACAAAUUAGUAUUUUUGAAGAAACAUUUAUAUGGGUUGAGUUUGAUUGCUAGGAAUAUUCCUUUUAGAGGAGCAUUUUCGGAUAAUGUGGAAUUGUUACUGAAUGCUAUGCAAACCACUUGCUUAUUUAUUAAAGACGAGAAGAAGUUUCAAUUGAUGGCAAAUGAAACCACUCUCGUUAAAAACAAUGAAGACGAAAUGGCUGAACCAUCAUUAUUGGAGUCUAUAAAAAUUGAAAUUACGCGUGUAUUUUUCAGAACAGUACAAAAUUACUCAGAAGCUAUCGAUAUGAAAUGUCCCCAAUAUUACAGAGAAUUAAUUAUAGAUUUUAUUUUGGAUCAAUUGAGGGUUUAUGACAAAAGCCGACACACUACAAUUCUGAUGUGCACAGAUUUUUUACGUAUUUUCUUCUCAGCCGUGACACAUCAAGCCCAUGUUAAUUCACCAGCUUUACUUUCGACCUGUUUAUAUUUAUUCUCAUUGGACGUUUGGAGUGAACCUGAGGAAUCAGAAAUGAUCACUCUGGUCAGUCAUAUUGCAUUGAUUUCGCUUCACAAGAGAAAUUCUUAUUCAUCUAUUCAAUUUGAGCUAUUAUCCUCAAGCAUGUAUAAUGACGAUCAAGAUUCAGAGUUAGAAACAGGACCAAUUGAAAAAUUGAUGAAAGAAGUAUGCGAUUUCUCUUCAAUUCCAAUCCAAAUGUUAGAAACAGCUCUCAACAAACUUGUUGUGAAACUCGAGAAGAACACAAAAAACGUUCAAGAGGACACGUUUGAACAUACUUCAAUGGCGUUAAGCCAUCUAGUAACGCUCACAAAUCCAAAGGCUAUUCCAUCCUUGAAUUCUUCUUUAGAAGUUCAUUGGAGAAUUUUUGAAAGAGUUUUUAAAGUACUUCAAAAUAGAAUUAGAACGCUUGUUAGCUCUGAAAAGACAAAGACAGGUCGAACUCUAGUAUUACACCUAUUGAAAUCAUGCAGAAAACUUCUCCAAAAUAACAACUUUGACAUAUUUCUUGUAGAUGACAAGCUACAUGAAGAAAGAAAACCAGUGUUAUCAGAAUUCUUGGAGCUCAUUCAAAAUGGGUUAAUUAUUGCAAACAACUCUGGGAAGAAAGUUUUCAGAAAGAAAGUUCAACUUUAUGCAAGCAAGUUAAUCCGUUGUUUCAUGACAUUUUGCUCAGCUAAAUAUAUUGACCAAUUUGCACCUAAGAAUGUUGAAUCGCAUCAAUGCUUCAUUAUCAAUAACCCUCUUAUCGAAGCAAUUACUGAAAGAGCUCUGUGGUUUGAAGUUCAUGCUGAGUACAUUCAUUUAUUGUCGGAACAUUAUGGAGAAAGUAGCGACGAAAAGCUGAAGGAUGUGAUGGAAUGCGUAGUGACUGUUUGCACACAAUUUAUUUCCAAGGUGAAAGACAAUGCAAAGAAUGUUCUCCAAGGUCAUUCUCUAGGUGGAGGAAGAAACAGACGCUCUAAACGAGAUUAUGACGACGAUGAUGAAGAAGAGGAAGAUUACAGACAAAUCAAAUUCACAAAGAAAGAAGUUUCUAGAGCUUUUAAUGCAUUAACCAUCUCUUUACCAAACAUUGGAAAAGAAUUGUUCACAACUCAUUACCAAGACAUUUGCCAAACAGCGUUUUUCUUCAUGGAGAAAAGUUUACUAACAGUUGGUGUAGAUAGUAUUUGCUUGCUUUCUGGUUUGAUCAAGGCCAUGAAACGAUAUGAUAGAGAACUUUUGAAAAAGGAAAUUCACACGUUUGUGACCAAGGUAUUUCCUUUGAUCAAAGGAAAUUAUAAGGAAGAUGAAAUCACUAUGAUGGAAAAUAAGGAAGAGGAGGAUGGAGAUUUUGAAACAGAGAUUGCUCUUACUAGCAUUGACUUUUAUCACACCAUCUUUGUUGAUUCUGAAAUUAGAGAAAUAUUGCUUGCAAAAUCUCCUAAUUUUGUUCAUUCGCUUUACACUAAUUUGUGUAACUUUGUUAACAAGGAAUGCUCAUAUGAAUUGGAAAGUCUGGAGAGAGUUGAGCAAUCUAAAUUAUCUCUUAGAGUACUUGAAGCAAUGGUUUAUUCAUCCAAUCCAGAAGUUACCAAGCUCGUUAAGGCAUCUGAUAUCAAAGGUUUCGUAAUUUCACACCUUGAUGGUAUUAUUCGAUCUUUCAAAACUGAUAAGGAUUAUCACAAAAUAGCCAAAUAUUUAAGAGCUUUAAAUCUUUUCUUUAGAAUCCCAGAAAUUGAGCAACAGAUGAACAAAUGUGCGACACUGCUAAUUGAACAUCUUAAUGCCCCACAAGCUUCCAGCUCAAAUUCUAGUGGAGGAAAUAAGAAACAAAAGAAAAAGUCACCAACUCCUUCUACAGGUGGAAAUGCCUCUGCACAACAACAGCAAAUGGGAAAACAAUUCAAAGAUUGCUGCCAAUACAUUGACAAUCUAAAAAAACCCUCAAAGACUUUUGAUGAGGAAACACCUCUUUUUGUUCGACAAGAAUUAUCAGCACAAUCACAGGAAUUGAUUCAAAAACUCAAACAUUGGAAAUUAAUUCAAUAA